AUGUCUGUUAACGACGAACAAGUAUGUUACACAUUGUGGAGAGUGCGUAGAACUGUUCUUCAGGUAAUUUUAAAGUUUCAUUUCGAGUUUUAGAUGAAGUUGAAAAGGUAACUUCGUUUAUCUUGUAUACUUUUUAGUUAAAGUAACCUUAUUUUCGUUUAAAGUUUAUAAAAAUGAAUUUAGAUGUGUCAUGACCGCGGAUAUUUGGUUACACAGGAAGAGUUGGAGCAGACGUUGGACCAGUUCAAAGAGUUUUUCGGAGAUAGGCCAUCCGAAGGAAAUCCAUCCAGAAGUUCAUUGACUUUGUUGGUUCAUCACAACGACGAUCCCUCAGGUAUGCUAAAUUUGUUGCGUUUUAUUUUUAGGUACAAUACUUUUAGUUUUGAAUAGAUUAGAAGUCAGCAGAAAUAAUUCUUUAGACAUAUUUUUUAUAUUUUUUUGGCUAUUAUAAGCUAUAUACGUAUACUAUGUUAAUUAAUAAUUAAACAACUUCAUCUUUAGACCAAAUGUACGUUUUCUUUCCGGAAGAUCCAAAGAUUGGAAUCAAAACCAUCAAGGCGUUUUGUCAACAAAUGCAAGAACAGAACAUUACCCGAGCUAUUAUUGUUGUCCAGGGCGGUAUGACACCUUCCUCGAAACAGGCUGUCAAUGAUAUGAUGCCCAAGUAUCAGCUAGAAGUGUUUUUGGAAGCAGAGUUGAUGGUUAACAUCACUGAGCACGAGUUGGUACCCGAACAUGUUGUUAUGACCCAAGACGAGAAGGCCGAGUUGUUGGCUAGAUAGUAAGUUCGAUUGCUGUUUCUUAUUGUCACAUAAUUUUACAUUUUGUGAUUUAUAAGUAAGAAAAUAAGCUUUGUCUCAGCUUUUAGAUUUUGUGAGUAUUUGCAAUGUAGAUUGGGUGUAAACAUGAAUUUAUCACUAAUUUUAUGUUUUCAGUAAACUAAAAGACUCCCAACUGCCUAGAAUCCAACUCAGCGACCCUGUUUCGAGAUAUUUUGGACUGAAACGUGGCCAAGUUGUUAAGAUAAUCAGGCCAUCUGAGACGGCCGGUCGUUACAUCACUUACCGGAUUGUUGUUUAA